CCGCGGGCUGCUGCACGAGAUUAGGAUUCCAGCUAGCUCCAGCUGCACUGGAAGAGAGAGAGAGAGAGAGAGUAACCGGCCUUACCUUACCGAUAACGUAACAACCGGAAGGAAAGAGGCAGUGGCUGAGGAGCCGGAGUAGUAGUAGUAGUAGUAGUAGGUGAUUCAAGGGGAGGAAGGAAAGGUCUGUGGGCUGCACUGGGGCAGAGGCCUUCUGCGGAGGAGCGGGGAAGUUGAAUCGCCAGUUGGACGGCCGUCAACCCGGCCGAGGAAGAGAUUAGAGUCCAUUCAUUCGUUGGCUGGGCUGACAGCUCGGAGUAUGAUGAGGAGGAGGAGGAUGGUGAUGGAGGAAAGGAGGAGGAGGGGGAAAUGGGAAGAGAGGAGAGGAGAGGACAGAGGGAGACUAGUUGUACGAUUCGAUUCACAGGAGAAGACUGAGAGAGGGGAGCGUAGCGUGUACUAGUAAUGGAUUAAAUUUUGUCUUUGUGGACAUCAACAGGGAUGGGAUUGAAUGCUGAUCACCAAGUUCAGAGAGAGAAGCUGACAACGUCAGCGACGUGGACCAGGCAUGCAUGGGACAUGCAGAGCUGAAAUCACGUGCAUGAAAUGAAUGUGCGUUGUAGGGCAAGCUGCUAAGAGGCCGCGAGGAGGAGGAGGAGGUAGGAGGGUGGGGGCUCGGCGCGCAACAUAGUCAUGUGCGCAUCCCAGCAGGGAAAGAUUCGACAGUUCAUGUAGCAGACUCUCGCAUUUGCUGCAGUCACACACACACACACAGAGAGAGAGAGAGAGAGAGAGAGAGAGAGAGAGACCGACAGUUAGAUGUCGGUCGGCUUGAGCAGGGAUUUGAGGAGGAGGAGGAGGAGGAGGAGGUGGGGCAGCAAGGAGGGAAGUAGGAUUACUAUCCUCAAGCACUGCGCGCCGAGCCAUAGAUAGGCCUAUUCUCUGUGCAGAUGAUGCGGCUUGAAGUUUGCCGCAUGUGUCCGCCGUUCCGCAUCGUCUGUUGUUGUUUUUCCUUCUCUGAUCUGAUAGCAGCUGUCCCACACGCGCGCGCGCGCGCGCGCAACUAAAGACGCACACACACACACACACACACACACAGAGCGAGCGAGAGAGCGAGCGAGCGAGCGAGCGAGCGAGAGAGAGAGAGAGAGAGAGAGAGAGAGAGAGAGAGAGAGAGAGAGAGAGAGAGAGAGAGAGAGGGAGGUGAAUGGGGGGGAUGAAGAAUUUGCCAUUUCUGAGGGGGUGAUUGAACGUCUGAUUGAGUCCAGCUUCGACUGAGAGGAGACGAAUCGUCAACGACCCAGGUGCAGGAGGUUCAUUCCGUAAGACGAAAAGACGAAGCCGUCAUCCACAGCUAGAGAAGAAAGAAGGGCCAUAAACAGCUCCAGCAAGCUCAAGCUGUAGCAGGGAUGGCGCCCCGUGCAGCAAAGGGAAAGAGCCAUAAACAGAAGGGUGAAAAGAGGAAGAAGGAAGAGAAGACCUUGCCAGUCGUGCUGGAUGUUGUCGUCAACACACCAACAGGCAAACAGAUCAUUGUGAAGGGAAUAUCAACAGAUAAGAUUUUGGAUGUGCGGAGAUUGCUAGCGGAGCAUGUGGAGACCUGUCACAUCACCAGAUAUGGCUUGUCGCACGAGAUAAGGGGCGCAGAUCUUCGAGAAUCACUGGAGAUUACAGCUCUCAAGCCAUGUGUGCUUACCAUGGUGGAAGACGAGUACAAAGACGAGGAGUCAGUGAUCGUACAUGUGCGUCGUCUUCUGGACUUGAUUGCCUGCACCACAUCGUUUGGUCCAUCCGCAAAGGAGAGAGAGAGGGAGAGGGAAUCACAAGAAUCAUCAGCUUCUGGAGCUGGAUCGGGGCAGCAGGCAGCUGUUGCGGGGUCGGUGCCAGCUUCAGCAUCGGCUGUGCCGCCUGCAGACAGGGAUGCACUGAAGCAGGAUCCAAGCUCACCGAAGGCAGAUGGCGCACCCGAGAAUGCUGACCGGCUCAGUGAGAAUGGGGUUAGCGGCGCAAAGUCCCGGGACGAAAUGGAAAACGGUACUACUCAAUCUGCCAAUGCACCUUCUGCUUCUCCAACGAAUCCUCCUUUGGCGGCAGUGGAGGCACGGUCUGCAAAUGGGGAGUCAGUCAACACGUCAAACGUCGACAAUGGCGAUGAGCGUCUGGAGACGGCAGAGCAGGGUGAAGCGUCAAGGCCCAUGGAGGAGGAGGAGGAGGAGGAGCAAGCUGGAUCUGGGGCGGUUCGGGAAAACACCAGCAAAGACGGUGGAAGUGGGAAUGGAUGUGGGGGUGGGAGGGGGGGGGAGAAGGAGGCAUCGGCUGCUGUUAAAGACAAUGACAGUUCGAUGGUGAAAGGCAGUGGUGGUACUUCGUUGUCUUCUCCCGAUGGCUCAAAGUCGAAGAAUGCCAAGACAGAGGCAGCGGCAGCCAUGGCUGCUGCAGCGGCAGCUACAGAGAAGGGUGACAUGACAGGGAUGUGCCCUCCCUCCAUGCUUGGACAAUUCUACGAGUUCUUCUCUAUGUCCCAUCUUACGCCCCCAAUUUUGUCUAUCCGGCACUCCAAGAAGCCGCCUCCUGCAGAGAAAUGCUCUGAAAGCGACAUCAUGUAUCUGGAUGUGAAGCUAUGUAACGGCAAGAAGGUUGCAGUCGCAUGUUGCAUCAAGGGCUUCUAUGCGCUCAGGUCUGAAAAGGGAAAGCAGAUGGCGACGCCUAUAGAACACACGCUUGUUGCCCUUCUGCGCAAAGUCAGCCGAAGUUUCGCGAAGGCAUAUGAUGAUCUUCUUGCAGCUUUCAUCGAGAGGAACAAGUUUGCGAACAUACCUGCUGGGUUCCGGUCCAAUACGUGGGUGGUGCCGCCGCCUGCUGCGGCUCAACCAGCGGCGUUUCCGCCUCUGCCUGUGGAAGACGAGCUUUGGGGAGGCGAUGGCGGAGGGCAAGGGAAAGAGAAGGAUAGACAAAAGGAAGUUCGGCCAUGGAUGAGAGAAUUCAGGAUCUUGGCCCGAAUGGCCUGCAAGACGCAGGAGGAAAGGCUUAUCCGAGACCGGAAGGCGUUUCUUCUUCACAGUCUUUUUGUUGACAUGGCCAUUCGACGGGGAGUUUCAGCGAUCAACGAAGCAGCUGCAAGGCUAGAUUCACAGGAGAAGUCGCCAGCCGUGCCCUCUGACAUGGAGUCUGCAACGGCAGUGUCAGAUGGCGCUUCGUCAGCAGCAGCCCCACAACUGCUUUCCACUGUCGAAGCCGACAACUUUCUGAUUGAGGUGGAGAGAGAUGCGAUUCACGCACACGGCCCGAGACCUUAUGCUGUCAGUGUUGUACCUCUUGAGAAGAAUGAGGGAAAGCUGACUCGGGCAGAGCUUGCAGAGCACAAUUUGCUCAAGGGCCUGACAGCAGAUGAGAGCACAGCAGUACACGACACUGCAACGCUGGCGACAGUAACCGUUCGACAGCGAGGUCUCUGUGCGCGGGUAAGAGCGGUGGACGAUGAACGCCCGGAGAAUGGCCAGCGAGAUUCGGCGUUGGCAUCAGGAUCUGAUCCAGCGGCAACGAGCAAUGGUGCGGAGCCCACUUCACCGCAUUCAAGUCCUUCCCAUUCCGAGAGGGUCGAGGAGGUAAUCAUUGAUGCACAACCAGAUGGAGGGGCCAAUGCACUGAAUGUGAACAGCUUGCGAUUAUUGCUUCACAAGGCUGCCUCUCAGUCAGGAAACGUUAGCAGCGGCAGUGCUCUGAUGCCCAGCUGUGGCAGCAGCAGCAAUCUAGCUACCUUUACAGCGACGACCGCGGCGAGAUCUGAUAUCUGUCAAUUUGCCGAAGAAGCAGGCUUGGUUAUGAGAGACAUCUUUGCAGAGAAUCGAGAGUGGCUCUUGAAAGAGGGGGAAGAGGAAAAUGAUCCAUUCAUGAGGUGGGAAUUGGGAGCGUGCUGGUUGCAACAUCUGCAGAAUCCGCCAUCACCAGCAACAAAGAAAGGGGAGGAGGGUGGCGCAAAUAGUGAUGGUGGGGAGAGCAGUGAUGACGGAAAGGGAGGAGGAGGAGGAGGAGGAGGAGGAGGAGGAAGCAGGGUGACGCAGCAGCAGCAGACGACAGCUGCAGCCAGAAAUGAAGGGGAAAAAGCGCCGGCAAAUGGGACAACGGCUGUGAUCACAGACAAAGCACAGGAAGGAGAUACUGCGCACGGAGGUGGGGAGGAAGUCGAAAAGUCGAAGGAGAAGGAAGAAAGAGAGGAAGCAGAAGAGGCCCGAGAUGCUCAGGAUGAGAAUGAAAUUGACGAGUCUCAGCUUCGGGAUCGUCUCCAGCUCGAUGCUGCUGCUUUUGAACGACUGAAGGAAUCGGGAACGGGAUUGCAUAAAAAGACUAUUGAGGAGCUUAUGGAAGGUGCUAGAGAGUAUUAUGAGAAGACAGCCCUCCCGAAACUGGUUGCUGAUUUCGGCUCUUUGGAGCUCUCUCCUGUUGAUGGGCGGACACUGACAGACUUCAUGCACACAAGAGGCCUCCGAAUGCGUUCUCUCGGCCGUCUGGCUGAACUGGCAGAAAACCUGUCACAUGUGAAAUCCCUGUGCAUCCACGAGAUGGUUGUUCGCGCCUGCAAGCACAUUGUGCGGGUUGCAGUGGCCAGGUGUGCCGGCUCGCCGAUCCUGAUGGCCCAUGUUGUGGCUGCAGCCCUGAACGUCCUGUUUGGGAAGCCGCCGGCAGCCGCCGACAGCACGGGUGACAUCAGCUCAGCUGCAGGACUUGCAUCUGCGACAACAACAGCUCCUGCUGCUGCGGCCAAUGGAAAUCAUGGUGAAGACUCGACGUCAACAAGCAGCUGCCAGGAGGAGUCUACUGCUGAUGAGCACCCCAGCAUCACUGUGUGGAAAUGGAUUGAGGGAUUCAUCAAGCGAAGAUACCAUUUUGAUCUGCCAGCUGGAACUAGGGAUGAGCUCCGCAAACUCGCGAUGCUCAGAGGAGUGUGCAAUAAGGUCGGGAUCGAGAUUGCCCCGCGGAAUUAUGAUAUGGACUCGCCUAACCCCUUCACACCGUUGGACAUAAUCAGCCUAUUUCCGGUGUACAAGCAUGUCGCUUGUACAUCAGCAGAUGGGCGCACGCUCCUGGAGUCCUCGAAGACAGCACUUGACAAGGGGAAGUUGGAUGAUGCCAUCGCGUAUGGAACAAAGGCUCUGGCUCGACUUGUGGCUGUUUGUGGGCCCCGCCACCGAAUGACAGCCGGUGCCUACAGUCUGCUUGCUGUAGUGCUGUACCACACAGGCGACUUCAACCAGUCAAAGGGAAAAGGUGGCUCUGGAGGUGGGGCUGGAGCUGGAGCGGCCUUGGAGGGUUCUGGGUCCUCACGCCCGUCUUCUGGGAGUCCGGUAGCAAACGGCUCUGGUGGAAACCGGGCUGAUAGGGAUGGCGCAGGAACUGCUGCAACAAUCAGAGCAGAGAACAGCUUGGCAGCAACCGACAGUGGAAGCGAUGCAGAAGACGAAUCCGCGUCCCCAACUUCCAGAUCGAGAGUGAAUGGAAGCCAACAGACGGAAAGUAGGGGAAGCACUCAGUCAACAACAGCAUCCGCGAGUGAACACACCUCUACACCUGCGAACGGAUUCCAUGUCCAGAUUGGCAGCACUGUCCUGGUCAAAUCCAGCAGCCAGGAUCAGGCUGUGGAGGAUGAGAGAGGCUCCAGUGGAGGAGAUUUCUUGGCAGUUGAUGAUGAUCAAGGUGGUGAGUGGCAAGAAGCAAUGCCCAGAGCUAAAUCAAGUGGCUCAUGGUUCAGCAGGAGGCCGCGCCAGGGUCGAUCUUCCGGAAAUGGAGGGAGUGUCCACCUCGGGAGGGUUAACGUCAUUCAAUUUGGGGGAAAGGGGAACACGACGGGGAGGGGGGGUAUGCCAGCCGUCCAAAGAGAUAAGUCCACGCAUGUGAACGGGAACGGGACAGCUUCUGGGCAACAAAUGGCAGCAUCGCCUUCUGGUGCUUUGCCGAGUCCAACUUCAGUGAAUGGUCCAGUUGCAACGACAGCAGCAGCUAUGCCUACACCUGUUCCAGGUGGAGCGGCAGAGAGGAGCAUGCCCAGGAGAUGGGGAGUUGGAGGGCUUGUUGCCUCAGCAGCCGCAGCAGCGGGGCAAUCGGGCAUAAUGCCCUUAACCAGUCCAUCUUCCGUCCAAAAGGCCCCUGCAAGUGCGAAAGAUAGCUCAUCGGAAGCAAUUCUUUCAUCGCCAUCAGGAAAUAAUCCUCCCAAUACUGCCACAAACCAGAUGAUAACUGCAGCACCGCCUGCGCGGAACGAGGCAGUCCCUGUGGACCAUGGAAUUUCUCCAUCAGGAUCAGCAGGGAGUGAUACAAAGCCUGUCCCAGCCCUCUCAUCUGCCUCAGCGGCGACAUCAGGAGCAGUUGUGGCUCCAUUGGCCCCUGCAGCACUCAUGCCUCACCCAAUUCCGCCGGCAAGCAAACGUGCCACCCUAUCACCUGGAAUGUCAUACAAGGAUGUGACUCUCGCUCAGCCAGGAACAAUUGCAACAACUGCACCCUCAAGCUUGCUGAAGGCCCCUCAGACCCCUGCUGCUUCCCCUGCUCCCGGUUCAAUAUCUGCCUCCCUCGCUGUUGCUGCUGUUGCUGCUGUUACACCUCCCAUGUCUUUACCUGCUGCUGUGGCAGCUUCUGCGUCGCAGCCUUCUGUGACACCUGCAGUAUCUGUAUCUACUGCUGGUGCAGCUAUUACUGUGCCGAUGCAGGCUCCUGCUGCUACUGCUUUUGACGCUGUGGCUGAGAGACCUGCCACCGUUGAUACGAUUAGAGACUCUAAAUAUGAUUCAUCAUGUGUCCCUGUGGCUGACACAUCUAGUGCUGAACGUAAGGCUGAUGCCAAGGUUGUUCCUGUUAGCAAUGACACCAGCAAAGCCAAGAACUCUGUGACUGUACAACCACCCCCGGAUCAUGGGGCAGGCUCUACAGUAGGAGAGGUCGCGCCGAGAAAAUUCACUGUGAGUGACGAUGAUCGAGCAGCAGCUGCUGCUGAAAGAGUUGCAGGUGUGCAUAAUGAGAAAGAGGUGCUUGAACGUUCAUCAUCCAGGGAUAUAAUUGUCGAUGUAGAUCAGCAAGAAUCCAUAAGCUCGAUAGAGAAUGUGAUCAAGGAACAGACUGUUGCAGGAGGAGCAACUGAUGUCCAGGCCACGGAUGUGAGCGUCUCGUCGGUCUCAGAGCCGGCAGCCCUGUCUGCAGUACCAGGUGAGACAGGGCCAGAUAUUGGCCCAACGGUGCCAGAGUCGCCGCUUGUUCAGGAUCGUACAGCAAGUUCUAAGAGUGGUGAGUCAGCAAUUGACGUGGCCGAAGCAUCUGAAAGUAGGGAAAGUAGAGCUAUUACCGUUGACAUAGGUGCAGAAUGCAAGGCAGCCAUAUCGCAAGUAGCGGCGGCUUCCUCCGCUGAAGAGAAAUCGGAUGCUCCAAGUGUGCAACAACAAUCUGAGGUCUCCAGCAACGAGCUUCCAUCUCCAAAUGGGGGAGAGAGUGUCCCAACGCCACCUCAAGAAGAUUCACAGCCAGCUGCGGAUUUGUCCACGGAUGAAUCGAAGUCACCAUCAGAUUCUUCUCACGGAGCAGGAACUGCGCGAUCUGUUCCAGAAGAACAACAAGCCUCGUCAGAAGCGGCGCCGGAUGCACCUGCCAGAGGGAGGUCUGUGCUCGCUUACCCCACAGUGGAUGGACCUGGAAAGAUUGCCCUAACACCGAUGAAAGACGGCUCGGUUCUCCAACCCUCAGCUCCGCUGUCACGUAGCCCCUCCUCGUCCCCGUCACCUACAGCGAUUGCUCUGACCCCGAUGCGCCCAGGUGCAAGGUAUCCGUUGGCAAUUUCACCACCACUCACCGGUCCUCCCCCUCCCCCUCCGGUUCCUUUUGCCCCUCCUGUUCCGAUGAUGUAUGUCCCUCAGCCUAUCCUAAUAUCUCCUAGCGGUCACCCAAUUCAGAUGGGAGGUGGCCCUCAAAUGGUUCAACACAUUGCCCUCCACCACAUGGUGCGCCCGGCACCACCUAUGCAUACCUUUGGUAGCCUCCCACUUCCCCCCAUGUUACGUCCCCCACACAUGUCACACCCCAUUUAUGGGUCAUUUUCCCCCCCUGUUGGUGUUCAACCUCUUGCAGCAACAGCAACACAGCCAGUUCUGAUGAACCCCAAUGCUGCGGAGUUCAUUCCUGGACGACCAUGGCAGCCCUCGCACGUGCCAGUCACACGAACAGUGUCGGUGGCUCCACCUGUGGUCGUAUCCCCGAGCGGCACGGCUAACGAGCCAACAACUGCUUCAGAGGCAACAACUGUGACAUUGGUCGCAAGCUCAGCGGUAGCACCUGAGGAUAACCCAGCGGCGACAUCAUCGCCAGAAGCAAGUGAAGACACCGCAACCUCUGCAUCGCCAAGCAUUUCAUCGACUAACACUGUUUCAGCAGGUACCGAGGAGAUAAAAUCAGGAACCGAGGAGGUAGCCGAUCCUACGGCUGGCAAUGUCCCAGAAGAGCGCUCCCAUGGAACCUCGGCCAUUGACAACGUCCCAACGGGAAGUUCCAAUGGAAUGUCAGCCAUUGAGGCAGAAGAAGAAGCACAAGAACACAGAGGGUCAAAGGAGGUAGAUCCGGUGAAUGGUGAUGGAGAUGUCCUAAGUGAUCCUGAGAAGGUCUCAUUGUUGGAUACCCCAUCGGGAGAGAUUGCUAGUAUAGAAAACUUCGCCCUGACUGGCGGAAAAGAACAUGGAGAGCAGGAGAUUGGGAAGACCAAGGAAGUGGGAGAUGGAGAGGGAGUGGGAGAAAUGAAGUCUCAGGGUGUUGACAAGCCAGCUGCUGCUGCGGAAGAAACCAUUGUUACAGAAAGGGAGACUGCAGUCCCCAGCGAGGACGGCAUAGAAUGCACUUCACUGACAUGGUCGUCUGAUGUAAGCCCGCCCGUAGAAGAGGCUUGCGAGGUAGACGAGGCUGUAAAAGUUGAAGAUUGUGGUGAAGUGAGCAACAUAUCAAUGACAUCGGUGGCAAACGGAGUUGUGAAUUCUGAGGGCUUGUCUGACGGAAAGGUCGUGCAGCCACAGGAGGUAGCUCUGGGAACAGAUCAGCUGAAGUCCACUUCUGUGAGUAAUGGACAUCAAAUAGUAUCAUCUCCAGGCCGAGGGUUGUCUUGGGCGGAUGUCAGUGACGAUGAGGCCGAUCAUGCACACCAUCGGGUUCCACAUCUGGCUUCGAAGCCCUUCACACGCCGAUCUUCACAGGACGUCAGAGUUUCCCGUCAAUACUCUGACAGAUCUGAGAGGCGCCCCGGUGCACUGGAUGUCUCUCGCGGUGAACUGUCGAGCCCACGAGUAUCAAGCCGCCGCCGUCCUCUGACUCCGUCACAUCAGGAUGGCAUUCCCUCCUCACCUUCAUCUGGGUUGCCAACAACAGAAACAAGCCGGAUGGAGCUCUUCGUCAAGAGAGACUAUCGGCAUGAGUCUGCUGCAGCAGCAGUAUCUCCAGCUGGAGGGGAUGUGGAACGGCGGAAGAGCAAUACCCAGGAAGCUGCCUCAGUGGGCCGCUCGUCGUCAGAGCCUGCCUCACCUGGUCCUGGUUCUGCUUCCAAGAGCGCAACACCUGCUACUGGUACUAGUUCCAGAAACAGAGGUGGUGGUAGGAAAGCUGUCGACAGUGGUGAUGCUCCUGCUGCCAGGAAUGUUGAGAAGACAAGGGACAUCAGAGCAGCGAAUGGAAGUAUAUCCGCAACGGGUGGGGAGGUGCAGGGCGUCUCUGCUCGGCUUAGAGAUGGUGAGCAAGAGCAGCCAAGCUCCAGGGACGACGAUGGAUUCACUCUGGUGACAAAGAGGAGAGGCAGAGACAGAAGAGGAGGCUCUGGGACACCUGGAGGAAGAGGAGGGGGGGGGAACAAUGGAGGGAAUGGGAGGGAAAGGGAGCGAGAAAAGGAUUGUGAAGGUGCGGGAAGAGGGGAGAACAGCGCACAUGGUAAGCAUACGAGGGACCGGGAGAGUGAGGGGGCUGCAGGAAAGGGGGGACCGGGUGCCCCCAGUCCGAAGCACAUGAGAAGAUCACAAAGCUAUCACGGGGGGCGACCGUCAGGGCGAGGAGGGCGGCAAGGCAGUGGUGGUGGAGCAUAUAUCAGCAAAUCCUCCAGUCAGAAACCGUCUUCCACAGCAGUUGGUGCUGUGGAUUCCACCAUAGUGAACUCGCCGUCAUCGACACCGCCCUCUCAAGUCCCGUCUAUGCCUUCCCCAUGCCCUCACCAUGAUAGUGCUCGGGAGCAGAUGCCUCCUCCCCCGACCCCAAGUCAGGCAGUUCAAGUUCGGUAAGCAGAGCUAAGUGCGUAUGUGGAGGGUGUCAGUUGAGGGCACGGGAGAUGCGAGGCAUACACUGUCUGAUUGAGGAUGGCACAAGAUGAGUGACCACUAGCUGACUGGAAUCUGAACAAGUGGAUGAUGUAACGAGCGAUCAUAAUGAUUGGAGAGCAGAAGGACAGGCUACGUGGAUGUUGGAGGAAACAUGUGUAGCAUGGAAGGGUAGUGACGAAGAUGCCGCAGUGCACACACCAAUGACACCAUAUGCGAAUGAUUAGAGUUUGCGUCGAGUAGUAUUUAGUGGCUUAUACGAGGACCCUUCACGAUUUUUCGAGCGCUAACAUGUUGGAGAUACCUUCUUCAGUACAGUUCCCUCCGCAAUCAUUACAGUGGCUUACCAAAACUUUCCCCUUUUCAGGCAUCUCUCUCUCUCUCUCUCUCUCUCUCUCUCUCUCUCUCUCUCUCUCUCUCUCUCUCUCUCUCUCUCUCUCUCUCUCUCUCUCUCUCUCUCUCUCUCUCUUGCGCGCGCGCGCGCGCAAACACACACGCACACACACACACACCAUAAGCUCUUUCCUAACCCGGUGUUGCUUCCCCCUUUGAGGAAACAGGGGAGCACUACAGAGUACACGUAUGCGUAGACAAUUUUGGGAGUGGGAGAAGAGGGAGUUCAACAGGAAUGCCCCAUGAAAGAUAGAUACAGGAGCAGGAAAGAUGGACAAGCAGACAUGGAGAACAGACGAGAAGAAGAGAAGAAGAGAGGGAUUGCCUGAUUUGAUACCACUCGGAGACUGUGCCAAGAUUCUUGGAGACUGGCAUUCUUUAGAGAAAAAGAUGUCGGCUGUUUCUGUUUUGAAAUCGAUCUUCAGAGGUUUGAGAUUCUUCAGAGAUGCAUUGGGCAUGUUUGAAGUUGCAAGAUGAGUAACAGGUUCGUUUGAGUACGAUUCUGCAGGUUUCAGGGGAUGGUAUGCUGUUAUUACCUUAUGCAAGGAGCUUUCGCAUCAUUCGUGUAGUAAGUCGAUUGAGAUGAGGACAGGAGAUCUGAUUUUGAGUCCUUGUGAUGCAAGCUUCAGACCAGCAGAAGCCUGCAGGUCAGGACAGGUAGAUCAAGGAGGAGGGGGCAAAAUCAGCAGGUAGGUACCGUAGGAGAGAUGGAAAGGGCUGACAAGCAAGACUGUCAGCACGCGAGUAGUAGAAGGAAGAGAGAGAGAGAGAGAGAGAGAGAGAGAGAGAGAGAGAGAGAGAGAGAGAGAGAAUCUCUACUAUCUCAUGUUUUUGUGUCUGGCUGUGACGAAACUGGAAGUAGGGGGAGGUGACUUAAAAAUUAGUAAUGAUGGGAUCCUGAUUUUCGCUAGAACCCCGGAAUGAAGAAGACAGGACGCAGACUUUGCGUUGACUUGGUUUCAUAUACUGAUUAGCUUUGUCCCUGCUUUCAUAAACACAGAUGCAACUCUUUGUGCUGCGAAGGGGCGCUAAGGAAUUUGAGAAUGGUCGAUGAUGACGUGCGACCGAGCAUGCAUGGAUACAAUCAGGCAGGCGAGCCGAAGGGCAGGCUGGGAGACAAUUACCAGCGGUAUAGGCAGAGUCAUAUCGGAUGGAACUUUGGUUCAAGCAGACGAGUCAACCCCCCUCGCGUAGUUGGGGGACAUCAAUGGUAGGGGAGGGGGAAACACGGCCCCAAGCGCACUAGUUCAUCGACUGCCCAAGUCCCAGUUAAAAUUAUUGGAAACUCCAACGAUGCUGCUCAGAGGGCCCUCAUGUCAAUUUCAUGCGCAAGGGCCAACGCGCUCAACAACAAGUGGCAUGCCCAGAGUCUCCCAUGCGCAACAGAAUACAUCAAUGAAUGUAGUCGUUUUGC